AUGGGAAGGAGGAUCGGUUACAUUCCUACAAAUAUGGUGAAUACAUUACCAACAGAUGUUUACAAUCACAAGCCAUGCAACAUUGAAAUUAAGCAACAAAUAGAGCUAUUAUCGUAUCCGCCAGCUAUCAUCCUAUCCAUUCCAUCCAGCUCCAUUCAUUUAGCUUGUGUUCUCAAGACGUGUAUUCUUCGAACAAUGCUGAAUACGACAAUUAUCAAAAUUGUUACCUUCUGCAUAGAAGUAGAAAUGAUUAUACGGUUUGAAAUAGAUGAAAAAUAUUUAGAGAGCUGGAAAAUCAUUGUCGGGUACGGUACGCUUGUACUCUCAUUGGGAUCUAUGCCUAAAGAAGCUUUUAUCAGUAUACAGCUAGAAAUGUCGAAAUUUAUUAACACCGAUCUUUCUGUAGCCGUUUCAUCGUCAUAG